AUGAUGUCGGCGACAGCGAGCCACGUGAGAGUGCUGCUUCCGUCACACCAUCAGCGACCGUCGAUCGCAACUGGAUCGGAGAAUUUCUGCCGGAGACAAAUAGUACCGAGGCGAUUCAGGGCGAUGGUAGCGACGACGGCGGCGGCAAAGUACAAGGGGACGAAGAUGAGGGAGGAGAAGCUAUCGGAGUUGAUAGUGGAGAAAGUGAAGGAAGCGACGGAGGUUUGCGAGGCGGACGAGAGAUCGGAGGGGUGUAGAGUCGCGUGGGACGAAGUGGAAGAGGUGAGCCAAGCCAAAGCAGAUCUGAGGAUCAAGCUCAAGCUCCUGAACCAGGAUCCGCUCGAGAGUUUCUGCCAAGAGAAUCCUGAGACCGACGAGUGUCUAAUCUACGAAGAUUGA